AUGACUGAAGAUAAUAACACUAAUCAAGGUUUUGGUGAUUUUGAAGAAUUGAAGGAAGAGACGUUAAUGAUAAGAACUUCGAUUAUCGAUAGACCCAAGAAAUCAAAAGCUGAACUGAUUGAAAUAAUCGAGCAGUUCGUUCUACAAUCUAUGGAAGCUCUGGCAAACUGUUCUGAAAUUGUGUUCGAAUAUCCGUCACCCGAAUGUUGGGAAAAUUUUGUGUUUGACCCUGAAGUUGGAAUUGUUAGUCGACACGCAGAUAAAUUCAACAAACUAAAAUUAGUUCAAGUUUCAACAGAAAAUGAAACUUCCUUGUCAACAGUGGACCAUUUGAUGCACACUUUGUCUGUUAUUUAUGAUUUGUUGGUAAGCGACGCCUUCAGCACCAAGCGUGAUUUGUACUACCAGAAUGUGAACACAUACGACCAGAAGCAGAGGAACCUGGACAAGAGUGUGGACACCAUCUGUUCAAUUCUGCAGGUGGACAGACUCGACCUACACGUCAUGUCCUCAGCCAAAGGGCUACUCUCUGGCUCUCUCACUAUCACCCUCAAAAACUGUCCCGACAACCCUAUCGACUGUUCAAUCAGUCCCCAAUUAGUUCCAAACCUUAUUGAGGACAUCAUACAGCUCGAAUCGGAAGCCCAAUUCAUACUCGUGAUUGAGAAGGACGCCACAUUCCAAAGUUUAAUUCAGAAUAAGAUAUUCAGCUGGUUGCCACCUUUUAUACUGUUCACCGCCAAGGGCUAUCCAGAUGUAGCCAGUCGCGCUUUUCUCAGAUACUUGGUGUCAAAACUCCAUAUCCCCGUGUUUGUCUUGUGCGACGCAGAUGUGCACGGGGUUGACAUCAUGCUCCAGUACAAGUACGGGUCCCGCACCACAGCCGUCAACAACCCCCACCUCACACUGCCUUGUCUCCACUGGCUAGGGGUGUUCCCCUCAGAAAUUGAGGAGUUGAAUAUCAAAGAGGAGUUCCUUAUUGAAAUGACAGAAACUGACACUGUGAGAAUAAAAGACAUUAUGAAGCGUCCUUACUUGUCAGACGAAAGCGAGUGGAAAUCUGAACUUGAAGUUCUCGCGAAGAUUAAAUUCAAAGUCGAGAUCCAAGCAGUGGUUGCCUCAGUCUCAAAUUUCAACUUCCUCGCCACUUACAUUCGAGACAAGAUCAGAACUCUGUCAUUUGGGAGUCUAAAGUGUGAUUCUCAAGCUUUAAGUGACAAAAUUUCAUUAUUAGAAGACCAGCAAAGCACAUCAUCGGGCACUGACUUGUCUGAAGCUUCACUGCUGUCAUCAGGGGGUGGUAGUCAAGACGAAAUAUCAGACGACGAGUAUGAUCAUACAAGCGAACAGUUUGAAACCCAUGAUCAUUUAGACAUGAUAUUAUCAUAUCAAGUUGACGGUUCUUGUGAUGAGUCAAAAGAAUAA